AUGAGCGAAGGCAUCCAGAUUACUAUCCCCGACUUUGAGGAGGAGGACUUUCACGCGCCGAUACCGUUUGGCCGUCCUGCUGGCUUUGGAUUUGGAAGUUCCGGUUCUGGAUUUGGGAGUUUCGGGGGGAGCGGGGGUGGGCAGGAGUCGCCGACGUCGACGACCAACUCUUUCGCGCCGACCAGCUUCGGGCACGCGAGGAACGACAGCGUGACGUCGGAGGAGAGCACGGGCUCAGCGCGCGCGGCAUCUCGGCCGAAGCAGGUCUUCGGCCACUCGUCCCAGACGUCCGUCGCGGCGCCCACCACGCCUGCGCCGACGAAGAAGUCGUCCUUUGCGUCGAUCAGGAACGCGUUCAAGAGCGGGAGCAGCAAGACCCAGGACCUGCCCCCGCUCCCGCCCCUCGAUCACAGCAGCUACCCCGCCCUCAAGAACCCGUUCAACCGCUCAAACUCGUCUCUCGCACAUGUGCCAUCUGCCUCCCGCAGUCGACCGCAGGAUGGCAUGAGCCCGCCUCAGGCGCGUCCUGCCACGCCUGGCUCGACCGACUUUCGCUCUGCUCGCCAGACACCACGCUCCAAGGGUCACGCUCCGGUCCGCUCGGGGCAUUCAUACACCGGUUCACUUCAUUACUCGGACGCCGGUAGCGACUAUGGGUCCAGGAGCUCUCCGCCGCCCGUGCCGAAGCUAUCUUCCAGGACUGCCGCGCGUUUCGAAUCUGCGGACGUAUCGGAGUACAACGAUGACCGAGUCGAGCCCGAUCCAAGGACACCGGCCGAGUACGCGUUGCACGCAGUCUUCAUCCGCUUCGCUUCAGCGGCAGAGGCUAAGAUCGACACGUUUCUACGCGAGAACCUCGAUCAUGAACCGGCGUUGAAGGACUUUAUGGGCCCGAACAUCGAUCCGCAGUUCGACGACAUUCUUCAGACACUUGGUCGUUUGGGGCAGAAGAACGCCAAAUCUGUGGUCGACUCGGUUAUGCGGUGGAGGCGCACACAAGAGCCCGUGUCUGACGACAUCCUACGCCACCACUCGAAUACCUCUCCUAUCUCUCUGCGCGCCGGUGUCCGGUCACAGGAUACUAUGUUCAUACUUAAUGAGCGCAAGAGUCUGGCGACCAUCUACGUGAUGUGCAGGGCGUUGAUCGUGGUCAUGCAGGGGCUUAGUAAGGACGCGUUGGGCGAUGCAUUGGGGUACAACCUCGAAAAGACGACGUUCGAGCAGUUCAGGAGACCAGAUGUGAAGAUGCUAGCACAGAACGCGAACCAUCAAGCGAACGCAGAGCUUUGCGCGACGUUGUUAGGCCAUCUUGCCAACACUCGGUUUACGAGUGUCACGGACCGGUUCUUGUCAGAGCUCGCUCCCGUCAUGUCUGGUCAAGUGCUUAAGGACAUGGACAUGCGCUUUGAGAACCUUGUCAGAGGCCUCAAGCACGUUCAGAUCAAAGUAUGGCCUCUGGAAUCGUUCGAGGAGGGGGCAGAGUUCAUGGAGACCCUCGCGAAAGCGUUUGACAACGCACACGGCUUCCGAUUUAAAUCGGCAUUCGCAGAGACUUUGGUGCAGCUCUUACAUCCCGUAGCCAAGACGGCACAAGCGGAAGUCAACUAUCCACAGUGGGCGAAAGCUAUCGAGAUGAUCCACCCGAAAGCGCGCGAUCUUGCAAGCAAGCCGCGAUACUGGCAGAUAGCAUACACGCUGGUCGUCGUCACGCUAUGUGUUGCCCCGGCCGAGUUCUUCCAUCGUAACUGGAUGGCCUGUUUCGACGCCGGCUUGAACAAGCUCAAGGAGAAACCAUAUAGGGUGACCAUCAUGAACGGCAUGAUGCGCCUAAUAUGGACAUACAUGUUCCGCUGCCGCGAGUCCAUGUCGGCCUCAACAACGCGCAUGGAGACGCUCCUCAAGCAUUUCUUCCCCCCGAACCGCCCCGCCAUCUUUCCUCCCGAAGACCACUUGGAGCCCUUCACGUACAUCGUCCACUUCGUCUUCGCACGGCACUUCGACUUUGGUGUCGACGUGCUAUUCGGGCUUAUGCAAGAGAGCGCGGUACUCGGCAUGGGCGCGGGAGGGAUACAGAGCGUGUUGAGCCCGGAGAGGCUCAGUAUAUCUGUGCAGGCUAUACUGUUGACGCUGCACCUGAUGGAGCGCGACGAGCAGAUCCCCGUCUGGCCGAGCAACUGCGACUUCAGUGGAGCACCCUCUUGGCACGACUACCCGUCCUCAUCGGACUUCAUGCCGCCUACACUUCUCUCGCGACCAGGGAUGGAAGACUUCUUCGAACGGUUGGGCGUGCUGCUCUCCCACAUCGCCGUCUCAUGCGCCAACGCCGUGGGAAACAUGAGUAUCUUCGACGAGCAGUGGAGCGCUGGGCGGCUGAAUCCUUCGUACGAGGAGACGCACUCGUACAUCAUACGGAGGCACCCGGACGGGACGUUCGCGUACUCGAACAGCUUGUUUGCGCAAGUCAGCAUGCUUCAAACGUGCUUCCAGGCUUGGCCACGCGUUCUACAUUCGAGCUUACCGCUGCGCGACGCGAUCGAUAUGCUCCUGCGCGGCGUAAUCCAUGUCGAACCACUCGUAUGCGAAGCCGCUGUGCAAGCUUUACGCCGCUUCAUGGCCGAACCACAACACGCCAUCACAGUCCUCGACAAGUUCGCAGCCUUCCUCUUCGGACCCACCUCCAUCGCGUCGGAAGGAUCCGCUACCAAGCUCGUAUACGAGAACUCGAGGUUGUUGAACCUGUGGGUCGGGCUUGUGGACGGCUGGGUGGGGAAGAUCUUGGAGGGCAAACCGGAGGACUUUAGCGACGAGGAUGCGAAGGCGAUUUUGGAUAGGCUGGACGAGAUUGAGGCGGGCGCGCUGUUCUUGUUGUGUCAUACCAGCCGCACAAUCAACUCCAUCGGCGUACGCGUCUUGAGACUCGUCGGACGCUCGUGCGAGCAUAUCUUCCCCAAAUCAGUCGCUGGCGAACUGGACGUGCGCAUUGUCGACCUUUUCCAUGGUACAGCAGGCGAACCUCCGAUCCUAUGCGAGCGCUUCGCACAUGUGCUGGAGCCGAGCGAUCUAGAGAGGUUGCAGAGGUGGAGGGAUAGCGGGAAGGAAGAUGUGGUGUUGAGGAUAGCGGACAGCGACGAUGCCCGGGACAGAAUGAUCUGGCAAUGGGUCUAUCCCGACCUUAUGCACCGCUUCACCAAUAACGACGCACCGUACUCUACCGGCGCACUCAAUAUCCUCCGCGCAACGCUCGUCGCUGCCGAGACACGCUUCCACUCUACGAUAUCCGUCAUGGCAGGCUUGAGCACGAAAAUGCCCACGCCGCAGUCUGCGAGACCGGAUGGACAGCGGCCGAUGCCUGAUAACAAGAGCUUGAGCGGGCAGUGGUAUAUGUGGACCAAGAUGCUGUGCUCGUUCGCUUCGAUCCUCGAUAGGACGUUCCAGCUGGUCGAUAUUCGCGCGCAUAAUCGGGCGCCGUCACAAGUCGAGAGUGAGAGGGAGAAGUGGACCACGACGCGCGGACUCGUUCGAUACCUCACGCCGUUCCUCGACUCCGAAUUGUCGUCGUUCAGGGAUGCGGCUGUGUACUGCAUCAGCGCGUUGCCGGCCAAGAGCUAUCCGGCUUUACUGGAGGAUAUGGGCAACUUGCUGAGUCGACAGUUGGACGAGCCCCGGUUGAAAGGCGGGUAUACCGGGCCGGAAAGAACGAGGCGGCAAGAGCGCCUAUUCACGGCCAUCGCGCGGAUAUUCUUCCUCACUGCGCAUUGUCUACAAGAUCCGCGGUUCAGCAUGCGUCAGGCAGCGCUCGCACCAGUCCUGAAGUUCGUGCGCAUCACGCAGGGGUUCCUCACUGCGCCCGAAUCGCGCGAUCAGUUCAAGCUGCAGCGUAUGCGGCGGUACUUCUGCGGGACGGUCGAGCGCUUGUUCGAUGGUCUUACCACGCUGAAGGAUACGGACCGGUUCGUGCCGGCGCAUAUGCAUCUGUCGUUGUACAGGUUGUGCGAGGAUUGGUGUCAGAUCGGAAGGCAGUCGGAGGGCGUGACGCAGAGGUUGGUUAUUAUGCAGAGGGCGGCGAUGAACCAUGUUGCGAGUCCGGCGGAACGAGGGGAAGCGGUCGCGUUGUUCCAGAAAGAGAGCAAGUUGUUGAGUAAGGCGGCUGUGGGCGCUAUGGCUGCUCUUUGCGCCAAGGCAUACUAUCCGCCUGAAAACUCGUCAAGCUCGCCCCUCGACCCAUCGAUCUCGCAUGAGUAUCUACGCCCUCUUGACGCCAAGGCUACCCUUGCGCGCAUACACUCCUUCCUCGCUCUUAUGGACGAGAUGGUUCAAGCCGGUGGCCGGAAAGCCUUGAGAGCUCUACUGGCGAACAGCGAGCGCGACCCGGAUAUCGUGCAAGAGGCAAUGCGUUUGGCGUUUAUCACCAUGAAAGAACUCGACACGAGCGGCAUGCGCUUCUUCGAGGUCGUCGCGGACGUCAUCGUCAACUCGACGGCGCACGGCUUCAGCUUCCCACAGAUCAUCUGCCUUGGUCUGUUCAACCUCAGCCACCCCGGUGCACGCGCGCGCAAUCUCGCUUUACAGAUCCUUGAGGCGGCACACGAGAAGUCGUCGGGAAUGCUCUCCAUUUCACGCUUCGAGGCCGCCGUUGGAAGUUCGGCUCCUAGCAUAUAUCAGCACGCGCAUCGCCUCAUAUCGGAUGUGCUCGCGGGCGAACAUCCUGAUGAAGCGCUUGGUGUGCUCGCGCAGUUCGCGUCUUGGCUACCAAGGGUAUACGAGGUCUCUGCAACGCCGCUGGUCCUUCUCCAGAGCCUCGAGUACUGGACGCCAAAUGUUAGCUUGACGGGAGACGACAAGUCUGGUGUCACUAGACACGGCCGCACGGCACUCUUCCACCUCAUCGCGCUCACCGUGCGCUUCUCCGACACGCACGCGGAGCCGAUCCAGGUUCUGUGGACGAGGCUUGUGGACACACCGCAUCAGUCGAACGGUCAAGCGACGGUUCGAUUCUUGCUUGAGCAGUCGCAGAGGGUUGGAAGCAUACCCUACGUGCAAUGCUCCUCACGCAUUGUCGCCGCGCUCUCACAUUCGGCCAUCGGACGACAGAUCGUCGAAGACCUGACAGGUCUCAUUGAGCCUGCUCGGAUGCUGCCUACCCUCGACCACAAGCUCGAGUUCCCGGAUCCCGAGGACUCCGAGUUUUGGUCGGAUCUCGACGUGCUCUUCAACGAACAGCCCCAUCAACCGCUAGGCGCCGGACAGUUUGCCAUCCUCUUCCUCGCGGAUGUCACCCUCGAUAGGUUUUGGGAGUUCCAGGAUCUUCUUCCAGUCAUCCUGCACGGCAUCUUCACGCAUAUAGACCACCGGCUGCUCUUCGUGCGCGAAGCCGCCGCGCGCUUGUUGUCGCAGAUAUUACGCGCGUGGCUACCCGGCUAUGACGAGAUGCCGGACCGGACCGUGUACCCGAGCCGGUCUGCGCUGAAGACGUCUAUGGCGAAUCUUGAGACGGAGAUGCAGACGCAGCUGUGGAAGGAGGAUGAUACGCCUGCGCAAUCCGACAGGAAGAUGCAGUCCAUCUGCUCGCAGGUGCUUGACCUCCUCGAGCCGUUAUGCCUGAAUCUCCGUCAGCAGUGGGGCUCGCUCGCCGUGCUUUGGGGAACGUCCUGUUCUAUUCGCGCGAUCGCAUACCGCUCGCUACAACUGUUCCGGGCGCUCAUGCACACGUCGACGCAAAACGAUAUGGCGUUGCUUCUCGGACGCUUGUCGAACACUGUCGCUGCGACGGACGAGCAUGUACAAGCGUUCAGUACGGAGUUACUUCAGACGCUCACGUCCCUCACAUCGUGUGAUCGUGGCGACACCAGCUUAUUACCCCAGAUCUUCUGGUGCGCUUGCGCAUGCUUGUCAACGACGGUGGAGGACGAGUUCCUCAAGGUUCUCGCGCUCCUGGAUGCGGUGCUAGGGCGCCUCAAUUUGGACGACCCGGCGACAGUACAGGCCGUGCUCUCACAGAGCCCGCUGGACUGGGUUGGUCCGACAUCACUGCAGGGCGCGUUGCUUGUCGGCUUGCGCUCCUCCAAGACCAGCGAGGCGACGUUCAAGAUGCUGCGCCGGUUAUCCAAGUUCGCCGAUAGCCGGCUCAUCGAACCGUCCAUCGGGCGUGUGCGGGAUCUGUACACAGCAAUGCUGCCGUGCUGCUUGGACGCGAUGGCGAAGGACACCAUCGAGCCCACCCUCGUUGAAUUUGCGGAGGACGUGGCGCUGUUGGCCGAAGAGGAGGGGCGGCCCAGUCUCAGCCGAAUCUUGACGUCGUUCGUCAAGGGCCGGUUUAGGACUAAGGAUGACUUCUUGCGUCAAUCUGUCGCCGGUUUGCGGGAGCACUAUGGCACGGACGACUGGACCGCGGUCACUUCUACGCUGCUUGGCCUCACUUUAAACUCGCAGACAUGGCUUCGCCUUUCGUCAUUGCAGAUCCUCAAGGUUCUGUUCCAGCAGCGUGAUGCUCGGCACCCUGUAGAGCUCAUGGGCUCUGAGCUCCUCAUGCCUUUACUUCGCCUUCUUGAAACCGACCUCGCGCCUAAAGCUCUGGAAGUGCUUGAAGAGAACAUCGUGGUGUCGUCGGGCGGUCUUGCGGCUAAACAGGUCCUGCGGAUGAGCAUGGUCAUGAAGCCGUUGCGCAAGGAGCGUGAGGCCGAAUCGGUCGGGAAAGUCUUCGGCGUGCCGGAGGCGUCUGGUUGGUGUGUUCCGCAACCCGAGCAGCGCAGGGAGAGGUGUCGUGCGAACGUCAUGGCCGUCUUCGAUACCUGCAAGCUGCCCUCGCGUCCCUCGCAGAUUGACUUCGAGCCCGAGGACGUGAUGUACCUCGCCGAAGCCGAACCUAUGGAAGAAGACCUUGGCAAUCUGGUGCAGAACCUGCACGAGCUCAGCACCUUCUACCAGCGCCACAAGUCGGUGCAACCGGGCCGGGAGAGAGGUAGUCAACAGAUCGCCUCCCGCGUCGCGGCGAUACUCGCGAAGAGCACGGAGCAGACGAGCUUGACCGAGGUGCCUCAAACGCCGUUUGUCAAUGCGUUCAGGGUGGACAGUAUGGGUUCGUCGUAUGAGGAGCAGGAUGAUUCGGAUGGAGAGUCGGACAGCAGUUCGGAUUCGGACGCGUUUAUGUUUGAUUCGCCUACUGUUAUGCGCUCGGCCAGGACUGUGAAUGGAGCUAGAUUCUAG